GUGAGAGAUUUAGAAAAAAGAUCAAAAUGUGCUUUUGCCCCAUUUAAUGCAACAAGGAUUGAAUACUGUACUUCCUAUGUGCACUAGAAUCUAAGCUCCACAGGGCAGAGAUUUUUGCUUUAUUAACUGACAUAUAUCCAGCAUCUAGAAUAAGAGCCUGACUCAUUGUGGGAACUCAAAUAUUUGCUAAAUGAAUAAAUAAUAUAUUUGAUACACUGCUAGGCACUGUGCGGGAAAUAUGAAAGGAAGAUGGCAUGGUAAUGUUGAUCUUUCCCUUAAGAACCAUAUACAGAAUGCAGUUAAAUCAAACAAGCGUUCAAAAGUAUUAAUGAGCCUUACAGAUAAGAGUGGGAAGGGAACUCCCCGGCAGUCCAGUGGUUAGGACUCAGCCCUUUCACUGCUGGGCCCAGGUUCAAUCCCUGGUCAGGGAACUAAGAUCCCACAAGCCGCACGGCGUGGCCAAAAAAAAAAAAAAAAAAAAAAAAAAAUGGCAGGAAGAAUUACAGAAUAGAGGAUGAGACCAACUCAAGGGAUUACUACUCAUUCUCUUCGGUUGCUCUCAUCUGGCACGGGAGACAACCUGUAACACUGCCAAAUCAUGGCUCCUUAAAGACUACAACUGUGUUCCCAAAUAAAACUAAGCUGGUGAAAGGAAUGUUUCCCUCACUAAGCCUAGUUCUGAUAGUGACAGAAGAAAGUGGAAUGUCCCUAAGAAUUCUCAUCAUUGUAUCCUAGCAACGUGUAUUUACCAAUAAAAGCCCAGUUUUCUAUGUACAUUGUACUUGUGCCUCAUAACAUCUCAAGGUAGGGAGUACUUGUGCCUUAUAACAUCGCAAGGUAGGGAGUAUCACCACUUUACAGAUGUGAAAAUGAGAUUGGCCAGUGCCCACAGUACGAGGGUUGGAACCAGGAUCUGACCUAGAUCCAUCUGGUUGUAAAGCCCAUAAUCUUUCCACUUAGAUCACAUUCUGUUUAACCGGCUUUGGUAUCCACACUGCUCUUUCUGUUUUAUGGGUAACCUGUUGUGUUCCAAUAAUUAGAAACAUCUUUCAGAAACUUAAAAUUUGACUUUUAAUUCUGGAGGAAUUUAAAUUAGCAAACAGGAAUAUUUGAUACAGCAAAUGCUACAAGGUUUAGCAGAGAGCCUCAUUCACACCAACUUGAAUUAUGCUUCCCUCUUGAUCGUUUUCAAAGGGCAGCAACAAAGGAAGGAACAAGACUUUAUUGACCGUGUGUGGUGACACAAUGAAGUAAUCCUGACUUAUUUUAAUGAAAACGUGUUUCUGACAAAGUGGAUGUAGAAGAGUACUUGUAACAGAUAUAAAGGCUCAAGGUUGCCAUCAGUUAGACCUCUUAGCAUAAAGAGAUCCAUUUGUAGGAAGAGUAAAUGAAUUUGACUUACCAACUGCCAAAGCAUCUCACUGUAAGUAAACUUGACUGGUAAUGGCAUUUAAAUUAAAAAAUUGUGACUAAUAAAUAUUCAUCUAUUUAAUUCAUCCUUAGUAGGUAUAUAAAUAUGCUUAAUGUAAAUUUCAGAAAUUAUGUGAAAAUAAUUUAUUAAGCAUAUAUGUCAAAAGGAGGCCAUUUACAAAAAGCAAAAAAGAUUGUGCUGUUGAUAUGAUUCUAAUUCUCCUGUUACAUCAUUUACCAUUUUUGAUUUUUCUUACUUUAAAGGUAAUAUAUCAUUGUCUAUUAACCCACAGUUGCCUCAAAGAGUUCUAAUUGUGCGAACGGAAAGAGCACUUAAAUAUGGGGCAGGGGUAUACUCCGGGGGCCGCCCCCAGAUCCAAGCUACAGGCGUCCUGAGACUAAGGAACAGUGGGCUUCAUGGCACAGCCCACCUCGGACUCCGAGGCUGCGGUGUUGGAAUCCACCCUCAGCCAAGACACAAGCAAGUCCCUGUACCCACCGGCCGUGGACAACCCCUUCACGCAGCAGACGCACAUCAGCGCGUGGCGCUGGGCCUACAUCGUCCUCAUGGGGGCUGUGCUGGUGCCGGUGCGCGUGUCCUACAUCGCCGUCCUCUUCAUCUUCCUCUGGCCGGUGGCUGCGCUUUCCACCAUAGGUCGUCGUGCUCGACCAACCAAGCCCGCCAGAAGUUGGAGAAGAAGGCUGGUGCAGCCAACUCUCAAGUUCUUGUUUCAGGUGACUUUUUUUCAGCAGGGUUCCUGGUUAAGUGACGAGGCCCGCAUCUUCGUUGCAGCACCGCACUCCAGUUUCUUUGACGCAGUCGCCUGUGUCGUAGCAGGGUUCCCCUCGGUGGUCUCUGCGAGUCAAAAUGUGCGUAUCCCGGUGGCUGGGAAAUUCUUACUGUCAACGCAGCCGGUGCUUGUGACCUGAGAUGACCCCAAUUCGAGGAAGAAUACCCGGGAGGAAAUCCUGAGGCCAGUGACAUCUGAUAGGAAGUGGCCACAGAUCCUGAUUUUCCUGGAAGGAGUGUGUACCAACCGCAGCUGUCUGGACUUUAAACUAGGGGCCUUCUCUCCAGGUGUUCCUGUGCAGCCAGUGCUGCUCAAGUAGCCAAACACCCUGGACACCGUGACCUGGACCUGGCAGGGGUUUACAGGCUUCCAGACCUGUAUAUUGACCCUGAGUCAACUCUUCACCAGGGUAGAAGUUGAGUUUAUGCCCGUUUAUAUCCCAAAUGACCGAGAAAAAAAAGACCCCGUCCUUUCUGCCAAUACAGUGAGGAUCAUCAUGGCCAAUGCUCUUGGGGUGCCUGUGACAGAUCACACUUAUGAAGAUUGCAGACUGAUGAUUUCUGCAGGUAACCUUCGACUACCCAUGGAAGGCGGUUUGGUUGAAUUUACAAAAAUUAGCCAGAAAUUAAAGUUAGAUUGGGAUAAUAUUCAUCAGUGUUUGGAUGAAUGUGCUACAAUUGCGGCUGCCUCAAAAGGAGGGAAGAUAGGAAUUACAGAGUUGGCGAACUAUUUGAAACUCCCAAUUUCAGAGCCCUUGAGACAACUUUUUGCCCUCUUUGACAGGAAUAAUGAUGGCAGCAUAGACUUCAGAGAGUAUGUGAUAGGUCUGACUGUUCUAUGCAAUCCUGCCGACACUGAAAAGAUUCUGCACAUGUCAUUUAAGCUUUUUGAUCUUGAUAGUGAUGGUUUCAUAACCGAACAGGAGUUAGCUGCUAUACUUCGGGCAGCUUUUGGAGUGCCAAAUCUUGAUGUUUCCAGACUCUUUCGAUAGAUAGCUGGACAGAACUCAGAGUACAUUUCAUACAGGACCUUUAAGAACUUUGCCCUGAAGCAUCCAGGAUAUGCCAAGUUAUUUAGUUCAUACUUAGACCUCCAGGCAGCCUAUAUAUAUUCAUUACCACAGCAAGUACAGGUUUGAUGGUUGUAUUCAGAUGUUAAAGGCAGCCCUGAAAAUGGUGAAAGUUAACAUCCAGGUUGAAAUAAAAAUUAUCCUUUGAGGAAAGACACAAUAGUUUUUACU